AAUUUUUUCAACUUUUACACCGAUUUUCGUCCAAUUUGGACCGCGCGCGUGCCGUCGGCGGCGGCGGCACAGCUCUCGUGCGAUGCCCUGAAGGUGCUACUGGGACAGCUCCUUCCCUGGCCACCUUGCGGCGCCGCUGCCGACCCACGACGCCUACUGCAUCGUGACAUUUAACGUUGGGCUUCAGCGAAUGGCGACGCUCGUGCAGUCGAAGCCGUGUCAAAAGCAUCUCGGCAUGAGGUGACGUGCUGCUGCUAGCGUACGCUACUUGGAGCGCCCUUGUCGUACAAGUGCGCGUCGACGAGGUAUGUCGCCGCGCGCGCGCACGUUCGCAGGACAUGGCGGCCACCGACUCAGGAACUGGAACGAUCCACACACUGCAAAGACGUCGUGAGGUCCCGCCGCCAGUUGUGUCGACGAUUGCGGUGGAGGACGCUUUCUGUCGCCACACCGCCGCUUGAGAUUGCCAGCGCUUUCUGCGCUCUUGUCCAUGCCGUGGUGCGCGCCAACGUCACUUGGACGCGUGUUGAAACGCCUGGAAGAGGCGAAAUCGACCCAACUUGGCGGCCUGUCGUUGGCCAUCGCCACGUCCGCGUCAUCCUCGUGGCCGCCGAACCAGAGCUGCCCCAUCGAUGGCGCGGACAACUCGAACGCUUUCGGAGCACGGGGCCACAAACCCCUUCGACCACUGACGCGCGCAGGGUUCCGUCAAGCCUGCGUAGUCCGCGGAUAGGCGAAGGUUGGUGGGGGCGAUGGCGGCAUCGAUGAAAGGUCCGCGCGACGGUGCCUAGAUUGUUGUGGCGGAGCAGGCCGUUGCUCGGUGCUUUGAACAACAACACGCUCUGCGGCUCUGCGCAGUCAGAGGAUGGCACGCAUGGAUCGACGCUGGCACGUUGCAGCGGCCGCACUUGCGUUGGGUGUGUUGUCAUAAUCACGUCGUCGUCGCCAGACGGGGAUAUCCACUUUGAGCACUGCCACUUGCUUGCCAGUGGGCGUGCGACGACGUCGGGCUCUUGUCGCCGCCAGCACACUCCCACCUGCGCUGUGAUCGAUACACCUCGGCGAACGAUGGAGCGAGCGAGUCUACCACGUCAUUGUGCUGUACGAGCGCUUGUCCACCUGGAUAGGCGGUGCCACGUGGACGUCCGCCACUCUCGUCUUGGACGGCGGUGAUACUGGCCCAUCCAUCUUCAUCUUGCGACCGUCCCAUGCGGCGGUGGCCGGCGAUUAUUCGAAACUAGAACCGAGCGUCGCAUCCUGUCGUUGUCAUUGCAUUCGAGUCACGGAGCCAGCGCUCGAGUCCGUCCGCCACCACUGCCAAUUGUCUGAAGGACGACCGCGCUUUCGCAUGUCCCGAUCAUCCAGCGAACGUUCCCCUCCGACCAGAGUCGACGGAGCCGCCGACGAAAUGCACGUGCUAGCCACACGAUCGUGACGGCGUCGACAGUUGCAUGCACCUGUUGGACUCGCUUCUCUCGUUCGAAAAGUCGUCGUGGAAAUGUUCGACGCGGCGUCGAUUGGCCGGGACGAGUCGUCGGGUCCCGUUGGGGUCGUCGUCGGUCCAAAGCGCGCUUUCGUCCUACGAUUGUUCGACGCCACCAACCGUCGCGCCGCCGACGACUCGGUGCCUUCAUUUCAUCUUUUCGCCGAGCGCGAUGCAGCACUCGGGCCGCGACUUGGAUCUCCAGGAGCGUGUGUCGUAUAUCCAGUCAGCCACCAAGGACAUCGACGCCAAGGGCUACGAUGAAGCCAAGACCCCCGGACAGCUCGAAGACGGCGCGCUUGUCGCGGGUGGCGCCCUCGACCUCUUCUCCCGCGAAGCGUUUGGUUUGUUCACCCAGUAUGCGGCGAUCGGGGUUCUCCUUGGCAUGAUCCCGGCCUUCAACUACCCCAUCUUCAACGUGUACCUGCAGCUCGAGGGGUACCAGACCGCGUCGUACUCGACGUUGGUGACGCUCGGGUGGUCGUUCAAAGUGUUUAUGGGAAUGUUCUCCGACUGCUUUCCGAUCUUUGGGUACCGCCGCAAGUCGUGGAUGUUGAUCGGGUGGACGGCGACCAUGAUCUGCUUGGCCAUCAUGACGUUUUCGUCGCUGGGCGACCCGUACUGCAACCGGGAAAAGGCGGCCGCGCGCAACUCGAAGGCGUGCUCCAAGCCGUACUCGAACGCGUCGGCGAGCGACCUGGACUUGUUCAACUUGGCAGCGCCGGACAACGGCGGCCUGUUUAUCAUUUUGUCCAUGUUUGUGUCGCUGGGGUACGUGACGGCUGCGUGUGCAUCGGACGCGAUGGUCGUGCAGUAUGCGCAGCGCGAGCCCCUGGCCGUGCGUGGCCGCGUGCAGACGGCCAUCUACGUCGUGCGCACGAUGGCGGGAAUCAUCGCGUUGAUCGUGACGGGCUUUGGGCUGAACGGCGCCAACUACAACGGGUCGUUCUCGUUCUCGAUGGCGCCCAACGUCCCGUACGGCAUUUGCUUGAUUCCGUGCGUGAUUGUGGUGCUCUCGACGAUCUUUGUGGUCCAAGAAACCAAGACGCCCGGCGUCCCGGUCCGCGAGUGGGCCGGCAACUUUUGGGAGCUGCUCCAGAAGCGCGUGAUGUGGCAGAUCUGCGCGUUCCGGUUCAUCAACAACAUGUUCCAGAACAUCGGGUCGACGGCGGGCAGUCCCAUGUCGAGCAUCUGGGCCGAAGUCGAGCCGUUGAACGACUCGUUGUCGUCGAUCAUCGGGAACGCCAUCUUUUCUGGCAUCCUCGUCGCGGUCGGCAAGUGGGGUCUGCACUGGAACUGGCGGUGGGCCAUCGCGCUCAGCUCCAUCGGGGUCAUCUUGGUCGACGGGUUUGUCGUGUUCCUCACGAUCUGGGACGUGGUGCGCAACCAGUGGUUCUUCACGGGCGUCGCGCUCGCCGACAACGUGCCGGGCGGCGUGCGCUUCAUCGUGGCGACGUACUGCGCCGUCGAGAUCGCGGACGUCGGCAACGAAGGCGCGACGUACGGCCUCGUCACGACCGUGUCCAACUUGGCGUCGCCGUUCGCGUCCGUCAUCUACAAGGUCAUCGACUCGUACUUUUUGCUAUCGCAGGACGACCUCAAGGCCGACACGACCGACGUCCGAUGGGACGUCACGUACUCGUUCUUCAUCUCGUAUGGCGCCAAGCUGUUUGCGUUGGUGUGGCUGUGGAUGCUGCCGCCCCAGCGGACGCAGAUGCAAGAGCUCAAGAAGAAGGGCGGCAAGAGCAAGUUCGCCGGCAUCCUCCUCAUCGUGGUCUUUGUUUCGUGCCUGGCGUUCUCGGUCGUGUCCAGCAUCAUGUCGAUCUAUCCGUCGACCAAGUGCCACCGCAUCGCGGGCGGCAACGGCAAGUACGACGCCAACGGCAAGUGCCCUGCAGUCGCGGCCAAGAAGGGUUGA